GGUUUUUCCAUCUCUAUUGUGCCGAAGAUCGCAUUGUUUUUGAGGUACGAUUUUAAAUUUUGCCGGAAUGAGCUUUCGUUCGUCUCCGCAGGGAAAGCCACACCCAAUGGCGGACUAUAAGUCCAUCCGGCCCUCCGAAUUGGAGCAACUCUUCGAGAAGAAGUUCCACUAUCAGAAGCCGAAAGGAAACACAUCGUGGCAGUUGCCGCCACCGGAUCAGGCUCUCUUCAGUGAGUUCUACCAGUUCGAGGCGCUGCAGGGACUGCGCGAGCAUCUGAAUGCGGUUAAAAGCAAACUCAAUGACUAUGGAGUACAGGAAUGGAGUGCUCACACCAACAGGCGGGACCCUUCUGGCGAGGUAUCGUGGCGCCUGAAGAACGACACGAAGGCCGAGUUUGUAACUGUGGCCUGGUGCAAGUUGUUCGAGUGCCUGCAUCGUUAUCCAUUGGUCACGAAGCCGGCGGUCCACAGUAUGCACCUCUGCGAGGCACCCGGUGCCUUCAUUGCAUCUCUGAACCACUACCUUCAUAGCAAAUAUGAAAAGAAUGAGAUUAAAUGGCGCUGGCGCUCAACCACAUUGAAUCCCUACUAUGAAGGCAAUGCUUUAAACCAGAUGAUCAGCGAUGACAGGUUCAUCUUCCACACGCUGGACAACUGGCUGUUCCACAAAGAUCUCACUGGAAAUCUACUAGAUGUGGCCAACAUUGACCACCUGGUGGAACGUUGUGAGGUGGAGUUCCAGGGACAGGUGGAUCUUGUCACUGCCGAUGGUUCCAUCGAUUGUGCCGCACAGCCUGAUUGCCAGGAAGAGAUAGUGGUUCGCCUGUUCUUUGCUGAAGUACUCAGUGCCUUGAGAAUUCUCUCAAGUGGCGGUAACUUCCUGGUGAAGAUGUUUACCCUCUUCGAGGCUUGUAGUGUAUCUCUACUUUACACACUCAACUGCAUUUUUGAGGAGGUGCACAUCUUUAAGCCGGCUACUUCCAAGCGGGGAAAUUCAGAAGUUUACGUAAUCUGCCUGAACUACAACAAGGACCAUACCGGCUUGCCUCGUUUGCUAGAGGAGAUAAAGAGCAAGCUUGCUCAGCCAAAUGACGCAUUGGUGAUGCCAUUAUUUGCCAGGUCCCAGAUCCCCCAGGACUUUCUCAUGCAGCACGAGAUUGCCUGCCGUUUGUAUAUGAAGCUUCAAACGGAUGCCAUCGAGGGAAGUAUCUAUGCCUACGAGUCCAAUGAUCGUCAUUAUCUGAGACAUCUUCAUCACCUGCGCAGCCUUGUCUCCAACACCUACUACAGUCUAUACAAAGUGAAGCCAUUGGAAGAUACCCUGUGCAUCGUUGACAAGGAGGCCACAAGUAAGGCUCUGGGAUUCCAUGUGCCUGUCUAUGGCGGAUCCUACACAGAAAGGGAGUCCUUGAAACACGGUGACCUUCUCAAGCAGAUUUACUGCCUGCGCCGGGAAUUUAAUCAACUGGAGAAGUGUCUUAACAAUAGAACAUCAUAUUCAUACGUUAAGAACAGAGCAGCACCCUUGAAUUUUCACGUUUCCCGAGGAGCACCUGUUCAGAGCCUGCAAAGCAGCAUGUUUGCCUCGGAACCAAUACUCAUUCUGCGCCUUCGCAUCCUUGACACAUUUUAUCUCGACCCUGUCUGGCAGUCUGCCCCAAAGUGCCAGUUGGGCAGCAAGACACUGAGCUACCUGCCACCAACAGAAAACGAGGCCUUCCACACCGCCCAGCAGCGCUUUUUCAUUGAUCUCCUGGAAGCAGUAAGGGAACUGAAGCCCGACAGCAUUGUCUUUCACAAGUUCCUGUUUCUCACCCACUAUGCGGCGUCGCUGCUCCUAUUUCUCAUAGAGAGCGUUUAUCAGGACUGUAGUUUUAAUAGCAAUCAAGCGCAAACUCUCACGUUAAGUAAGCUAAAAGAUACGGCUAACAGUGCGUUGGAACAGGUGCUGGAACUUAUUAGGGACGAGCGGGCGGGGGCCAUUCACAGCCUGAUGGACAUUAAGGAGCUGCAGAAGAACCAGUUCAGCAAGGCCCUCAUUCAGCACAACCACUGCAUGCUGAUGACCUGCUUCCGUAGCAUGCUGGGCGAGGAAUCAUUUCCCAUGCCCGUGGUGGCUCCAACACCCAACUCAGAUGUCGGCUCGGUCCAAGAGUCGGCAGCUGUAUUUUAACAUAACGAACAUGUAUUUCUCACUUGCAUCAAAUUACAGUGCUACUUUUACAAAACUAGGUACUCUGCCGGGGAAAUAUAUGCUUAAAUGUUUUCUGAGGAUAGUUUUUCAGGGAUCAAAAAUGAAAAUUAAAUAACUAACUGAAAAAUCA